AUGUACUCUAUAUUCGGUGCGCGCUUUCCUGUCCUUACUUUGUUUCUGGCUGUCAUUGCGCUCGCUACUGCCGUGCAACUGCCUAUAAGUAAUCCAAUAAAUGCAACGCUCACAUUCAAACCUGCUUCAUCUCGAUCGAAUCUGCAUGGCUCGUUCAACUUAUUUGACGACGGACUAAGAAGUGGAACUAUGGUAACCGGGUCUUUUCAUUCUGGACUGGAUGAGAAACACAAAUAUUUGUUUAUUGCAUAUACCCAUUCAACUUGCAAUAAACUGACCAGUAACAGGUUCUUCAAAUUCGAUGUCACCAACACCUUCUCCUUUGAUAAGCUGAAUAAAAUCGGAGGGACGAACUAUUUGCAAAAAACGGAUCUGACAUGGUUCUGGGGAAAAAACAUGAAGACAGCCAUAGUUGCUUACAGAAACAUUAGUAAGAUUAGAUCCGGAGAUGAAGAGGGCGAUAUUGAUGAAGACAUUUAUAUGAGAUGGAGAAAAUUUGGAUGCGGAAAUGUUAAAAUCAUAACCGGUUAG